UUUGACAGUGCCACAUGCACACCAUAACCCCCAGCCUUUUGCGACAGUCAGCAGGAUGCGCUUCCUGCGAGCGCGGAUAUGGCCUUCGCAGUUGUUGACCAGACAGUUCCCGGCUCGCCCAUCCUUCUUCCUAAUGGCGCGCGCAUCUUCAACCGCCUGCUCGAUUUCCUACGCAAGCAAUAUGUCCGCUACGGCUUUCAAGAAGUCAUCACGCCGACCAUCUACAAAAAGGCGCUCUGGGCCACGUCGGGACACCUCGAGAACUAUGCCGACGACAUGUACACGGUGACUGGCGCAUCUCACUCGCACGACGAAGCUACCGAGGGCGGCGAGGGGGAAGAGUACGGCCUUAAACCCAUGAAUUGCCCAGGCCACUGCCUCAUCUUCGCCUCGAAGAAGCGUAGUUACCGCGACCUCCCGAUCCGCUACGCCGAUUUUAGCCCGCUACACCGGAACGAAAUUUCGGGUGCGCUCAGCGGCCUGACGCGCGUUCGAAGAUUCCACCAGGACGAUGGGCAUAUCUUUUGUCGGCCCUCCCAGAUCGCCGAUGAGGUCUCCAAGACGCUCGAUUUCGUGCGCCUCAGCUACGGUGUCCUUGGCCUUGGGCCAUACCGGCUAGUGCUCUCAACGAGGCCAGAAAAGUAUAUUGGCUCGGAAGUGGAGUGGGAAGAGGCGGAGAAAGCGUUGAAGAAGGCGCUCCACGGCAGUGGGAACCCCUUUACCGUCAAUGAGGGCGACGGCGCCUUCUACGGCCCCAAGAUCGACAUCAUUUUGAAGGACUCGGACGGAAAGGAACACCAGACGGCCACUAUUCAGCUUGACUUCCAGCUUCCAAAGCGAUUCAAUCUAGAAUACAUGGCGCCUGCCCCACAGUUGGAGAUACGGGGCGAAACAACAAAUGACCCCGAGUUGCUGGCCGAAUACGGGCUGGUGCGGCCGGUACUCAUCCACCGGGCCGUGCUCGGCUCGGCGGAACGACUCAUGGCGCUACUAAUCGAGCGCUAUAACGGAAAGUGGCCUUUCUGGCUCAAUCCGCGCCAGGCUGUCAUCAUUACUGUUAACGACCAGGAGCACGUAUUAGAAUGGGCACGCCAGAUGCACCGCCUGUUCUUAGGCCUCCCGGAUGACCACCAGCCCCCGUCGUACAACCACGGCUAUGCGCCGACCGGCCUUGCCAUAGACUUCGAUGACAGUCCCCGCACCGUCGGUGCCAAGGUAGCUGAAGCCAAGGCCAAGGGGUACGGGCUGAUUAUCACUAUCGGUCCCCGGGAUGUCGCCGCGAAGACGGUAUCGGUCAACGCGAGCGGCUUGUCAACGGAUGCAGGCGACAGCCAGCAGCGGACUGGCGGUAUGGAGCGGCGGACUAGUAGUAUGGCGCCCGAGGAGGCCCUCCAGUUCAUGCUUGACAAGGUGAAUACAUCGACCAAGUACCACACAUACAACGCCAUGGACCUCACCAACCCCUCAGACCCUCCGCCGGACUACAUCACGGCUGCCCGCUCCCAUGGCAUCCACCUGCGCCAGAGCGCGCCUAUUAGGAAGGGCCCCUACCCUCUCGAGCUGCCCAUCCUCACCUAUCUGCGCUCCAAGCGGGUGAUUCUAGCUAGCGCCUCUCCCCGCCGAAAAGCCCUUCUCACACAACUCGGCCUCUCUGACUUUGAGGUGUGGCCAUCCUCCGACCCAGAAGACCUGGACAAGAAGUCGCACACGCCCGAGGAAUACGUCGCCGCCACUGCGCAGCGGAAGUGUCUGGCCGUCUAUCAGGCGGUCCUAGACAAGCAACAAGAACAGCCCCAAGACUCCUCCGCCAACGAGCCGAACCCGCGCCAGCACGAAGACCCGGCCGUGGUCAUCGCAGCCGACACCAUCAUCGCGACCCGCUCGGGCCAGAUCCUGGAGAAGCCUCGCUCCGAGGCCGACCACGUACGCAUGCUGAAGCACCUGCGCGACACGGUGCAGCACCGCGUCCUGACGUGUGUGUGUGUGCUGGCGCCCAAGGCGGAUGCGUCGCACCCGGGCUACGAGAUGGCGUCGCAUGUCGAACACACUAGCGUGUACUUCGCCGGGGCCGAGGACGGGCUGCCGGACGACGUGAUUGAGAGCUAUGUGCGCACGAGGGAGGGCGCGGACAAGGCCGGCGGGUAUGCGCUGCAGGGGGUGGGCGGCAUGGUGCUUAUCGAGAAGGUGGAGGGAAGCGUCGAUAACGUGAUUGGCCUGCCGGUGAGGAAAUGCUUGCAGUUGUGUGAGAAGGUGGUGUUUAGGCAGGGGGAGGAGGAAGGUGAAGAGAGUGACUGAGGGAAUCGCGAUGAUACUGUGGAGUAAGGAGUCCAUGGUUGGGAACGGAGAUGAACAUGUCCAAGGGUGACGACAGACGGACAGAAUCUUGCCGGCGGAUUGGGAAACCAGUAUACUAGGUACAAAAUAGGUACCUAGUUGAGGUAAUGGCACUGAUCCCAACUUAGAUGUUGUGACAAGCCGUUCUAGCUCGCCCGACCAUCUUGCCAGCGACCAACAACCUUCUGCAUUUGAAGGCGUGGGAGGUCAUCAGCUAAAGUUGGGUUGCUUCUGUGUAUGAAAAUUGUGGACUGAGGCGCCAGCAUCUAGCAUUUCGGGAUGUCCGCUGCGGGAUCUUGCCCGUCGAUGU